UUUAUUUAUUUUUCUUUCCAAUGACUAGCACAACAUCAAAUUUUAGUUUUUUCACUUUGAUUAUCUUUGGUGUACUUACAUUAGCUACCCUGGAUUUUACAGGUGCUCAAACUGGAGUUUGUUAUGGAAGGCUAGGGAAUGGAUUACCAUCUCCAGCAGAUGUUGUGUCACUAUGCAAUCGAAACAAUAUUCGGAGAAUGAGAAUAUACGAUCCUGACCAGCCAACCCUCCAGGCUCUCCGAGGCUCCAAUAUUGAGGUCACGCUAGGUGUCCCGAACACAGAUCUUGAAAGCAUCGCUGAUAGCCAAGACAAUGCAAAUACUUGGAUUCAAAAUAAUGUUAAGAACUAUGAUAAUGUUAAGUUCAGGUAUAUAGCAGUUGGAAAUGAAGUUAGUCCCUUCAAUGAAAACUCCAAGUAUGUACCUAUUCUUUUCAAUGCCAUAAGGAACAUUCAAACCGCAAUAUCUGGUGCUGGUCUCGGAAACCAGAUCAAAGUUUCCACAGCUAUUGAAACUGGACUUACUACAGAUACUUCUCCUCCAUCAAAUGGAAGAUUCAAAGAUGAAGUUCGAUUCAUCGAGCCUAUCAUCAACUUCCUUGUGACGAAUCGCGCCCCUUUGCUUGUCAACAUUUAUCCUUACUUUGCAAUAGCUGAAAAUCCAAACAUUAAACUUGAGUAUGCACUUUUUACAUCCCCUGAAGUUGUUGUCAAUGAUAAUGGAAGAGGAUACAAGAACCUUUUUGAUGCCAUCUUAGAUGCCACAUACUCAGCCCUUGAAAAGGCUGGUGGCUCGUCUUUGCAGAUUGUUGUAUCGGAGAGUGGUUGGCCUUCAGCUGGAGCAGGACAGUUAACUUCCAUUGACAAUGCCAGGACUUAUAACAACAAUCUGAUUCAGCAUGUGAAGGGAGGGAGUCCUAAAAGGCCUUCCGAUCCAAUAGAGACGUACAUCUUCGAUCUGUUUGAUGAAGAUCAGAAGGACCCUGAAAUUGAGAAGCAUUUUGGACUAUUUUCAGCAAACAUGCAACCAAAGUACCAGAUCAGUUUUAACUAGUUCAAAAGCAAGAGGAGAGCAUUAAGAGGGAUAAAGGACUUUCCUUUGUAUGUAUGAAAUUCUGAAUAACAGUUCCAGCUUCAAGAGAAAGUAGCCUAUAUGCAUUAUGUACUGAAAUCAUCAUAUGCUAAUAAAGAAAGAAAUAUAUUACAAUAAUGA